AUGGCUGACUAUACCUCAGCCAAUAUCGACAGCAGAAUGGUUUCGAGUGCCAUCGCUGCGGGUGUUGAGUUUGACACUAUUCAGCUGAGGGAGAAUGCGAUUCCGAAGAGCUUCGAGACGACAUACUCGUGGAUAUUCCAGGAUGAGCCCCCGGUAGACCAGGACAUUCCCAGGUGGCACAGCUUCCCCAAAUGGCUCCAGGACGACAGUCAUGAGGUCUACUGGAUCACUGGGAAACCAGGUUCCGGCAAAUCAACUAUAAUGAAGCUCAUUCUACAACAUGAGUCCUUACGAGACGCGCUAUCUCAGUCUCUUGGAUCACUGCGCCCUCUCCUCGUCAAGUACUACGCAUGGCAUCCAGGAAGCACGCUGCAAAAGUCCCUCGAGGGCCUCAAAAGAACCGCCAUACACCAGGCUCUGAAGCAACGCCCCGAACUCGCUCCAUCAUUGACACCACGCCGCUGGGCCUUCUGCCAGGUGCUACGAAGCACUUCAGGCCUUCCCGCGUGGGACUCGUGGGAGAUUGAAGAGUCGUUUGAAGCAUUGCUGUCACUGUGUGGGAAGACGAUCAAGCUCACCCUCUUUGUUGACGGGCUUGACGAGUUCGACACCCCUCCGAUUGAAGUUGUCAACUGCAUUCGGCAUAUCAAAGCACGGUGCCACAGUGGAAUCAAGGUGUGCGCCGCUAGUCGACCCUGGACAGAGUUUCAGGAUGAGUUCAACGACGGCCCAAUGCUUCAGAUGCAUCUACAGACGCAGGAGGACAUGAGGGACUUCAUCACUAAAAGCUUUGCGGGUAACAGGGGUUUCCUCGAGCAGCAGCAGUUGCGUCCCGAAGCCACUUCGCAGCUACUCGCCGACAUAUUACAACGGGCAAACGGAGUCUUUCUGUGGGUGUCAAUUGUCACGAAGUAUCUCCUGAACGAUUUCUCCGAAGGACAAUCGAUAUCCCAAGCCCAAGACACUCUCGGACACCUCCCCACAGACCUCUCGUCGCUGUACGAUGUCAUAUGGGCCGGUAUCCGCCCACAGCACCUCGCCGACGCGUCGUACAUGAUGCAAGUCCUGCGAGCUGCCGACGGCCCGUUGGCAUGGUUCAUAAUGUGGCUGAUUGAAGAGUCGAGGUUUGCCCCUGUGGACAUCAACGCCCUGCCCACGACCUUGACGUGGAAACGCGUCGCCAUGAAGUCGCUGAAGAGGAAGCUCGCAGCUCGGACCAAGUGCAUCCUGGAAGUCUGUGGGGACUCGGACGGCGGCUACGUCGACUUCAUUCACCGCACUGCUCGGGAUUGGGCAGUGCAGCCGGAUAAAUGGGAGCUCAUCUGCGCUCUUGCGGCUGAAGAUUUCGACCCGCACUUGUCCAUCCUACAAGCCCGUACGCUCAUGAUCUCUGACGGCAAUUACGGAGAUCGAAACCGGACUUCUACGACAAACGUGUGGGAUUUAGUAACGAGAACCCUCUUGCAUGCCGGCGAGGUGAAAGACACACCAACGAAUAGAGAACUGCUUGUACACUCCCUUAACUUACUCGAUGCUCAUCUCGAAAGAUUAUACCGGACCCUGAAGAUACCAGGACUGACCGAGCUCGUUGAAUCUGGAGGACUUGGCUGGUAUGAUUUAGGAAGCUUUCAACUGCGGAGCGGCGACAAUAAUCUGAUCGGCUUGGCUGCGCAGUUUGCCGUGCUGCCAUACGUUAAGGCUGCGUUGCCCAAAUGCCGAAGAAGCUUUGCCCCUCACGGUGAUGCCCCGGGUCCUCUUGAGCUAGCGAUUUUUGGCUCCUCGUACUUCUCUCUAUAUCAUUUACAUGACAACGACCUUUGCUUGCCGAUACCCUGCGAACGACGGUUAGCCACGGUCAGAUAUUUGCUAGAACAGGGGGUUUACCAGUCCAGGGUGCUCCUAGGGAGCGGAACUUGUAGCCUCAAGGACGCGAUAAGAAGAGUCUCUUCAAAGGACCCGGAAUACUAUACCGCGGUGAUAGGGUUACUGGAUCAGAUGGGCCUGAAGGCAAGUGCCAAAUCCAAGGGGCUACGCAUCAAGGAUUUUCUGGAGGAUAUGGGCCAUACAUCACUAUCUACUGUCAAGCUCAUUACUGAUAAGAAAUCAUUAUAG